GUCUUCAUAGAAAAAGCACAGAAUCUUUAAUUAGUACAUCACAAUUAGCGCAAAGUAUAAAUGAACAGAUACAACCAGUUUAACAUUGAGCGGGGUCAUGAGACGCAGGGGUUCCACCUACAAUCCGUGCCCAAAAAUAACCAAGCUCAGAAAUCCUCUGAAAGAAUGAACAACGCGAGCGUGCCGGUUUACCGAGUGGAAGCAUUCCUGCUCGACGGUGUUCCCGGUCUCGAGGAGUACCAGUACCAGUACCUGUUUGCGGUGUUCCUGCUCGUGUAUUUGGUGACGUUCGCCGGGAAUCUUCUCAUCGUUAUCCUGGUGAUUCAGGACCGCAGCCUUCACACCCCAAUGUACUUUUUUCUUUGCAAUCUAUCAUUUGUCGACAUAAUAAUUCCAACUGCUAUCAUACCGAAACUGUUAGCUGUGUUAGUCGCAAAUGACAAAUAUAUUUCCUUUGCCGGGUGCUUUGUGCAAAUGUACGCAGUCCUUGCUUUCGGAAGUGCAGAAUGGUUUCUUUUGGUUGUCAUGUCCUACGACAGAUACGUUGCCAUAGUGAAGCCGCUACACUACCACGUGAUCAUCAAACCCGGGGCCUGCGUGGUACUGGCCGGGGCUGCCUUGGGGCUGGGGCUGCUGGCGCCCCUACUACCAGUCUAUAUAGCCGCUAAGCAACCAUAUUGUGGUUCAAACAAAAUUGUGUACUGUUUCUGCGAUUAUUCAUCAGUAGUUACACUGGCAUGUGCCGAUGUUACAAAUGCCAUCAACAUUGCGUUUGUUUUUGCAAUGUUAGUAAUUAAUAUAUCCUUUUUUGUUGUACUCUGGACUUAUUUCAGAAUACUAACAGUUAUCCAAAAGAUGACAGCUGAUGACCGUCGCAAGGCUUUCUCAACCUGCUCCUCCCACUUGUCGGUUGUGGUGACUUAUUUUUUGUCCACGGCCUUAGUGUAUAUAGCUGUUAAAAUAGGGACUAUCCCAGAGUAUUCCCGGGUGAUUAUCGGGGUGUUCUAUUAUUUCUUAACCCCCAUGUUGAACCCUAUCAUUUAUACUUUAAGGAAUGAAAAAAUUAAAUUGGCUGCUCAAAAGUAUCUGAGAUUAAAUUUGGGAUUCAAAGCUGUGUUUCCACAAAGGGUGCAUAGUGUUACUGUUUCUAGUUUAAAAUAAUGAUAAAUACAUGUUGCGAUUUUAACUUUCAGAGAAAACAAACAAAAAGCGUCAGCAGAGAAAGGCCGCUCUGCCAUCAGACAUUUCUGUUCUGGCUACACAUACGCGUCCUGACAUUAUUUUCAUUAAAAGUAUUUUGCAUGUAUUUUAUUGAAGUUUACUUUGCCCAGUUCUUAGAAGAUAAGAUGCACACUAUAAUAGGUGCAGCUCUUGCACAGAAUACGAAAACCCCAGUAUAAUAUUAUAACCUUUGUGAGUCAUUCAGCCUAUAGACACACACAGAAAUUCCUAAAAGAGUGUGUCUUAUGGAUGCACACAGAAAACUCCAAACUUACCAUUUCCAUGUUUUUAAGUGAGACACUUUUUUUUAAAUGAGAAACACAAUGCAAUCAAAUAAAAUAAAUAAAUAAAUAAAAAGGAGAAAAUGACAUGAUGUGACAGGGUGAUAGCAGCCCCUGACAGGAAUAGAGUUCACUUCUGUGUGACACGUCUGUGUACAAAGAACUGUGUCAAUCAUUGUAUUUUUCUCAGUCCUCUCCCGUUCUUUAUGAGGUGUGGACACUGCACUCCAUCACACACUAUUGUUACUGUCUGCUGUAUUUGUAGAAAUGAAGCAAAGCCAUGUAAGUAGAAAAGGGGAAAAAUGUACGUACUUUCAAGGUCACGUGACCUCCCCGUUUCAUAGCAAACAAAAGGGAAUGUUUGAUGU